AUGCCUUUCACCAAGAACCAGAAGAGCAACGCCUACUUCAGUCGUUUCCAGACUAAGUACCGUCGUCGCCGCGAGGGUAAGACCGACUACUAUGCUCGCAAGCGCCUGAUCACCCAGGCCAAGAACAAGUACAAUGCGCCCAAGUACCGCUUGGUCGUUCGUUUCACCAACCGCGACAUCAUCACCCAGAUCGUCUACUCCGAGAUCUCCGGUGACAAGGUCCUUUGCUCCGCUUACGCCCACGAGCUCAAGCGUUACGGUAUCACCCAGGGUCUGACCAACUGGUCCGCUGCCUACGCUACCGGUCUGCUCCUUGCCCGCCGCACUCUUGCCAAGCUCGGUCUUGACAAGCAGUUCCCCGGUGUCGAUGAGGCCACUGGCGAGUACGGUCUCGUUGAGGCUGUUGAGACUGAGGACGGUGAGCGCCGCCCCUUCAAGGCCUUCCUCGAUGUCGGUCUUGUCCGCACCUCCACCGGUGCCCGUGUCUUCGGUGCCAUGAAGGGUGCCUCCGACGGUGGUAUCUUCAUCCCCCACUCCGACCGCCGCUUCCCCGGUUACGACAUCGAGUCUGAGGAGCUUGAUGCCGAUCUCCUCCGCAACUAUAUCUUCGGUGGCCACGUCUCCGAGUACAUGGAGAACCUUGCCGAUGAGGAUGAGGACCGUUACAAGUCCCAGUUCACCAAGUACAUCGAGGAUGAGGUCGAUGCCGGUGACCUUGAGGAGCUCUACCAGGAGGCCCACAAGGCUAUCCGUGAGGACCCCCACAAGAAGGAUGAGGAUGAGGGUGCCAAGAAGACCAAGGCCGAGUGGAAGGCUGAGUCUCUCAAGUACCAGACCAAGAAGCUUACCCACGCCGAGCGCAAGGCUCGCGUUGAGGCUAAGAUCCGCGAGCUUGCUGCUUAA